AUGUGCAUAGCCUGGAUUUCCAAGUUGUCAAAAAUAUUUAAAAAAAAGCUUCAGCCUGAAGUUACAAAUAAUGAUGUAGAUGAAAUUCCAGACUUAGAAAGAUUUGCAGAAAGAUUGGAGCUCAGAAGAUUUACAGAAAACAAAAACUUUGCUGGCACAAACUUUGUUUGGCCUUCAACAAUAGAUGUUUAUGAGCAUAAUCUGGUUUUUUAUUACAUUAUUGAUCCCAAGUGGUAUCCAGAUGGUGAUAAGCUUACUACAAAUACAAUUGCAUAUCGUUGCUUAAUCGAAUUUAAAUCUCUUGAUCCAUCAAAAGGAACCCAUAUAUUACUUAUUUAUGGAAAAAUUAGCAAGUAUGGUAAUGACAUAUCUUCAGAAGAAUAUGAAAAAUUUAGGGAAGAAUAUCCAGGAUAUUUAUAUACCCACUGUUAA